AUGGUGAAUGAAUCGGGGAUACUUGUCGCUGGAGUUGAUAAUACGCUCGAUAUGUAUGACUUACGGUUCAUUAAAACACCUGCCAAAGAACAGCCCAAUCCGAAUAAACGGAAUCACCAACCUACGACACCAUAUCUUAGAUUCGGCGAGCUCAAUUAUCGUACACUCAAUGAUAUGGAUGUAUCCCCUCAUCUGGGUCUUGUGGCUUGUGCAACGGACCUGCCGAGAGUUCAGCUCUUCUCUUUGCACACUGGAAAAUUACUCGAACCACCAACAAUACCACUAGAAAGCUCCCGACGUUCAACAGAUAUCUUGUUUAGAGAUUAUAUGAAUCCAAUUGACUGCGUGCGAUUCGAAUCAAUAACUGAACCGUACGAUUUAUUGGUUGGCUCUGGUAAGAUUAUUGAAGAGUGGGCUCUGUAG